AGAAACAGCACGAGAUCCCCUGCUGCUUCUCGCGAGGAAUUCCAGCUGCAUAAGCGAGGAGAGGCCGCCUUCCUGCGGGUGCUGAAGCUGCAGACAGAGAGCCCAGGAUGUCCGAGUCUGACCCGAAGACCGUGCAGGAUCUCACCGUGGUGGUUCAAAACCUACUUCAACAAAUGCAGGACAAGUUCCAGACCAUGUCAGACCAGAUAAUUGGGAGGAUUGACGAUAUGAGCACUCGGAUCGAUGAUCUGGAGAAGAAUAUCGCUGAUCUUAUGACGCAGGCAGACGUGGGAGAGGAAGAAGACGCAAACAAACAGCCUCCCAUGAAGCGAGAAGACUGAAACUGAUUUUAUACCGAGAGAGAGGAGAGGAGACCCGGAUCAUUUCCCCGCAGCACUGACUGUAUAACAUUUUUGUAAGAACAGUUGUGAUAGGUUUCAUUUCUUGUGUAUUGUAUAUUUAGAUUGCUUUGUUAUUAUAUUAUUUGUGAUGACAUUUUGUUUUUCACGCAUAAAGCGAAAUAAAUGAAUAAAAAUGUAUGUACAUGAACUUCAGACAAAUCAAUAAAAACUAUUAAUG